UAUUCAUUUUUGGGGGGGAUUUUCAACUAUUGAUAUACAUACAUAGUUCGAGCAAAAAUAGCAUGCUUCAAUGUAAAAUAUCUCCUUUGAAAAUAAUUAGAAGUAUCAAUUGAGUGAUUUUCUAGUGUAUGAUGUUGUAUUAGUUGAGUUGUGGAAUUGUGACAUCACUCCAUUUCGAGACACACAUAGUAGAUUAAACGACUCAUUUCUUUCUUAUGUUUGAUGAUCUUUCGAAAACAUCAUCUCUAUCUCCAUGAGGUAGGGGUAAGAUCUGUGUUGCGUAUAUCCUAUCCUUCCCAAACCCUACUUGUGAAAAUACACCGAGUAUAUUGUUGUCGUGUUGCUGUUUUCAUUCUCUUGAUGCCCCUUUGAAUGGGAACACAAGAAUAAUAACAAUUCUUGAUAAUAGAAUGACACAUUUACAUAGUCUAGUCAAGAAUUAUUGUCAUAUCUACAUUGAUUUCUUUAAUAAAAAUCCCACUUGACUUUGUAGUCUUCUGAUAGGAUGACACAUUCCUUAAAACAAAUUUCUGGCUCAAAUAAAGUCUGAAUGAGACAUAAUAUAUACAAAAUUUAAUAAUGUUUAACGCGUUUAUACAUAUAAUUAUACAUAAUCCAACAAAAUAUAUUCACAAGACCAAUUCCUCUAUGUUCAUAUACUUAAUCAAGAAAAAAGAACAGCUAUGAAUUGGCUUUUGAAUAUUCUCUGCAUACUGAACUUUCUAAUUUCAUGUACUAAAGCUCAACAAGAAUACUCAGGUAAUUCAGUAUUGAAUUGUGAAAACGAAAUCGGAACAAAUUACUCUUGCAAUGGAAGAAAUUCCACUUGUCAAGCAUUUCUCAUAUUCAAGGCUAGGGAUCCUUAUAAUUCAGUACCUGGAAUUGCUGCUCUCAUGUCUUCAAACAUGUCUGAGAUUGCACGUAUCAACAACGUCACGAGGCUUACAGUGUUCGCACCAGAAAAGGAGGUUAUAAUUCCAGUGGACUGCUCUUGUUCAGGUUUGUAUUAUCAAGCCAAAACCAUGUACUAUAUAUCAGCUCUUAUUGAAACAUACUUUGUGAUAGCAAAUAAUACUUAUCAAGGAUUAUCAACCUGUAAUGCAUUAGUAUGUCAAAAUGAAUACGAUGAGUUUAGUUUGAGACCUGGUCUUGAGUUGCAAGUUCCUCUCAGGUGUGCCUGUCCAACAGCAAAACAAGCUGCAAAAGGCUCAAAGUAUUUGAUGACUUAUUCAAUAAACGUUGGCGAUGACAUCCUUACAGUCGGCAAAAGAUUUAAAGUUAAUGGAAGGAACAUAAUCGAAGCAAAUGGAUUCUUGGAUGAAAAUUCUGUUUUGUAUCCUUUUACAACCAUUCUAAUUCCCCUGCCUUCUGAACCAUCAAAUUUAGAUACCGGAAAUGAGAAUUAUAGAAAACCUAUUAGGUCGUUUUCACCUCCAUCUGCAGCUAAUGCUUCAAAGGGAAAAUCAAAGAGAAAUCUUUACAUAGGUAGUGGAGUUGCAACAGGCUUUGUGGUUUCUUGGGUCAUCCUUCUUGCUUUGUUUAAGAAAAGAGAUAGCAAAUUUCCGAGGAGGUCUUCAAGUCAUGAAGAUAUCCUCGUGGAGAUCGCGAACAUAGAUCAUGUCCCUAAGGUUUUUAAGUUUAAAGAAUUGAAGCAUGCUACGCAAAACUUUGACUCCAAGAACCGGAUAAAGGGAUCUGUAUACUGGGGAGGGUUUAAAGGGGAAACCUUAGCAGUCAAAAUGGCGAUCAUGGAUGUAUCUAGAGAAGUGAACAUACUACAUAAGAUCAAUCACUUCAAUCUAAUAAAGCUUUGUGGCUAUUGUGAACAUAAAGGUUGCUUCUUUCUUGUCUUUGAAUACAUGCAAAAUGGCUCUCUCAGGGAAUGGCUGAUCAGAACCAAGUCUCAAGAUACCAUAAGCUGGAAAAAAAGGAUUCAGAUUGUGUUGGAUGUAGCUAAUGGACUUCAUUAUCUUCACAGCUUUACCAAACCAGGCUACAUCCACAAGAACAUCAACAGUAGAAACAUUCUCCUCGACAACAACAUACGAGCAAAGAUUACAAACUUCAGUGUUGCUAAAGAAACGGAUACAUCAGGCAUGAGUUGGGAGCUUGUGGGGACAACAGGUUACAUGGCUCCUGAGUACGCUGAGAGAGGGACAGUGACUUCAAAGAUGGACAUUUAUGUCUUUGGAGUUGUCCUGUUGGAAUUAGUCACCGGCAAAGAUGCUGUAAUUGUAGAGGAAAGUGGAGAAAUUCUGCUUUCUGCUGCAGUAGCUGCAAUAAUGGAAGGAGAAAAUGCAGAAAUUGAACUGGAUGGAUUCAUCAAAGCAGAUAUGAGGGAAGAUAGUGAUUUGGAAAUAGCAAUUUCGGUAGCCAACCUAAGCUUAAGAUGCUUGACUCGAGAACCAACAAAUCGUCCAAGCAUGGAAGAGACAGUAUCAUGUUUACUGAAGAUUCAAGUAAAUGUACAUAAGGCAGAAUAAACCAGUUAGAAUUAAGAAUAUGGGCAUUUUUUUUGCAUUUCUUCUAGGGCCUAGACUAAGGCCUCAUUUGUAUUUUUUAAGAUUCAGACGUCUAAAUUCCGAAUACACACCUGUAUAUUAAGUUCUAUUGACUGUUGAUGAGCCCUCGACCACCAUGUGAUACCUAUUGAACUACUGACGCUGAUCUUGAUUAUGCUCUUCAGAGCAUCAACUUUAUCAUCGAUGCCAUGACGUUCCUCGAUGCCUCA